AAUCAUUUGGGAAAAAGAAGGUUCGUUUCUGAGUUAGCAACAAGUAAAUGCAACACUAGUGGGUGGGACUGAGGUGUGCCCUGGUGCAUAAAUAGAGACUCAGCUGUGCUGGCACACUCAGAAGCUUGGACCGCAUCCUAGCCGCCGGCUCACACAAGACAGGUGGGUGAGGAAAUCCAGAGUUGCCAUGGAGAAAAUUUCAGUGUCAGCAUUCUUGCUCCUUGUGGCCCUCUCCUACACUCUGGCCAGAGAUACCACAGUCAAACCUGGAGCUAAAAAGGACACAAAGGACUCUCGACCCAAACUGCCCCAGACCCUCUCCAGAGGUUGGGGUGACCAACUCAUCUGGACUCAGACAUAUGAAGAAGCUUUAUACAAAUCCAAGACAAGCAACAAACCCUUGAUGAUUAUUCAUCACUUGGAUGAAUGCCCACACAGUCAAGCUUUAAAGAAAGUGUUUGCUGAAAAUAAAGAAAUCCAGAAAUUGGCAGAGGAGUUUGUCCUCCUCAAUCUGGUUUAUGAAACAACUGACAAACACCUUUCUCCUGAUGGCCAGUAUGUCCCCAGGAUUAUGUUUGUUGACCCAUCUCUGACAGUUAGAGCUGAUAUCACUGGAAGAUAUUCAAAUCGUCUCUAUGCUUACGAACCUGCAGAUACAGCUCUGUUGCUUGACAACAUGAAGAAAGCUCUCAAGUUGCUGAAGACCGAAUUGUAAAGAAAAAUCUACAAGCCCUUCUGUCUAUGUCAGGCCUUGAGACUUGAAACCAGAAGAAGUGUGAGAAGACCGGCAAGUGUGGAAGCAUAGUGAACACACUGAUUAGGUUAUGGUUUAAUGUUACAACAACUAUUUUUUAAGAAAAACAAGUUUUAGAAAUCUGGUUUCAAGUGUACAUGUGUGAAAGCAAUAUUGUAUACUACUAUAGUGAGCCAUGAUUUUCUUAAAAAAAUAAAUCCUUUUGGGGGGUGUUCUGUUUUUUCCAA